UGCAAAUGGCCCCUGGACCACACUUUGGACACCCCUCACCUAACACUUUGAUGGUAUCCCCUCCCACCUUCAGAGUUGUUUGUUGUCUCCAUGUUUGGUCUCCAGGGGGAGCCCGGGUGUGCUCGGCCCGGCCUGGGUGCGUCCCACCCGGAGAACUUUGCCCCGUUGGGAGCUUUGCUUUGUGCAUGCAAGGCGGGAAGAGAAGAGGCAUCAUCAAAUUCACCUGCAGCUUUUGUCCACCUUUGUUCCACAUUUCUCCUCCUUUCCGUAAUUUACGAGAACCGCAUUGGCGUCAGGUUCCCGUCCUCGUGCAACCUUCUUCCGGCGACAACAAUGCGCACUCACCCCGGAGCCUCUCGCGGACUGUCGGCGUGCACCGCCGCUGGGUUGUAGCGCCCGCCCAGCCGGUUGACGUGCGGCGGAUGUUUGGCGUAUGUUCGGCGGCCCACGGACCCCGAGAUGCCGACCAGGAGGAACCGGUACAACCUGGUGGACGACGUGGCGGACUCCAGGUUGCCGCUGCACAACGAGGAAGCUUACCAGCAUGGGAUCUCCUUCCAAGCCAAGUAUGUGGGGAGCCUGGACGUGCCGCGGCCCAACAGUCGCAUGGAGAUCGUGGCGGCCAUGAGGAGGAUAAGGUAUGAGUUCAAGGCCAAGAACAUAAAGAAGAAAAAGGUCAGCAUGGUCGUGUCAGUGGACGGCGUCAAAGUGCUGCUGAGGAAGAAGCCCAAGAGGAAAGAGUGGACGUGGGACGAGAACAAGAUGCUGAUCAUGCAGGACCCCAUUUACAGGAUUUUCUACGUGUCACAUGACUCCCAAGACUUGAAGAUCUUCAGCUACAUUGCCAGAGAGGGCUCCAACAACUCCUUCCGGUGCAACGUCUUCAAAUCUAAAAAGAAGACGCUGGCCAUGCGCAUCGUGAGGACGGUGGGCCAGGCCUUCGAGGUUUGCCACAAGCUGAGUCUGCAGCACGCCGAGCAGGACGCUGAUGGACAGAGUGACAAGUCCAUGGAGGAGUCCAGUUCUCACGGCCGGACCCUGACUAAGUCUGAGCGAGGGGAGGAGGACGGUAAAGGAGGACAGGAUGAGGAGGAAGCAGCGGCCGACUCUUCUCUGUGUGAGAAGACCCUUAGUGGAAUCCUCAAGAGCCUGGCGGAACUCAGCGUGGUCAAACCAGGACAGACCAUCACGGACCUCGAUGGAAGGUCGGUGUUUACGGUCACGUCUCAAGGCGUCACUCCCAGCAGCCCUUGCUCCCCCUCGCCGACGCCGCUGGCCUCCCAGCACUACCUGCAGCUCCUGCAGCAUCAGCUGCAGCAGCAGCAGCAGCACACGCAGGUGGCCGUCGCGCAGGUGCAGCUGCUGAAGGAUCAGAUGGCGGCGGAGACGUCGGCUCGCAUGGAGGCGCAGGCCCGCGUGCACCAGCUGCUCAUGCAGAACCGAGACCUGCUGCAGCACCUGGCCUUGCUGGUGCAGCAGCUCAAAGAACUGGAGGAAGGAGCCUCCGCUCAGACGGCACAGUCAGGACGGCCUUCUGUCAACGGACGCAUUGUUUCCACAUCAGCGAGAUCGCUGUCUCUCAGCCUGAAGAAUCCCUGCAAUCAGACGCUGGCGCAGCUCAUCACCUCUACGCCGGUAUGGCCGCCGCACGCCGCUGACACGGACGCCGUCCCCGCGGCCGAGUCCUUCCUGCUCAGUCUGGAGAGCAGCUGCAACCACCACGAACUCUCGGACCCCUUGGCCAGCACCAACGGAGCGGCUGACGACCGGGAAGGCGCUGGCGAGUGCAAGGAACUGGUCCCGUUCACGUUGAGAAGCUCAGCCAACGCGCAGGAAAAGUGCGAGCAGACCAUCCCCAAGUUGGACCCUCCUCCACCCUCCUUGAGCCGCAAGCGCGCCAGCAGGACCUUGUCCCCGGGGUCAAAGGUGGUAUCUUUCCUGGACGCCCCCCCGAGCCGCAGCAGCAGCCUGUCCUUCCCGGACAUCACCCCCGGCUCGCUGUCCUCGGCGGACUUCCAGUCUUUCAGCUCCGGCUCGGCCAGCGAGGACUCGGGCGUGCGCUCGGAGACCAAAUCCUUGCUCUCGCCCCUGCAGGGCGACGACGAGGACGUGUUCGGGGAGCCCGGGGCGUUUCUCAUGUCCUCUAGUUGCGACGAUAGUCCUCAGGAGUCCUUAGGUUGGCGUUCACCCGUGCUCCCGUCCUCCUCACCUCCCGUGAACCACACCUGUCUGCACAUCAGCUUCUCUGAGGACGAGCUGCUGGACACCUGCCAGGAGGACAAGUCUGUCCCACAGCGGAGUUAGGGGACGUCUCCUGGACUUCCACACCAGGAUCUAAGUCCAUGUACAAACCAAUAGAUUUAGUAUUUUUAUAACAAAAACAACCUUUUUAGUACGCAACUUGUAGCAACCCUUGCACUUUUCUUCAUAGAAUCCACAGUUUUGUUUUGAGCUUUUGAAAUGAUGUUGGGAGGAGCCUCUUGACCUGCAAAGCACCUGAUUGGAGGAUGGACAGGAGGCACCAGGAAGUGAGAUGAUGAGGGAAAAAGUGGAGUUUUCCUUCAAUACAAGCGUUUUUACACUUGAGGGCCACAGAAUGACAAAUCAAAGGAUGCUGUGGCCAUUUUGUCAGUUUUCAACCUCAAAAUUGGUCCAAAAGAAAAUGCAUUUUCAGUUGAAAUUUUGUGUACAUGCUGAAUGAGCCGAAGCCGAACUCAAAUGCUAACAGAUAGCGUCAAGUAACAAGAAAUGUGAGCUAAAUAAGCUGACAGUACUACGCUAACAUGCCAACAAUAGCAUGAUUCCAGUUAGUUUUGGUGAAAUACCAAAAUAUAUGACACUGAGGUGUAUAUGUGAUGAAUUAUUUCAAAAAUCUAGCGUGCUAAUGUUAGAAUGCUAAGAUGCUAACUGUAACAUAAAGUAUAGUAUCAAAACAUAUUACUGAAAAUAUGUUUAAAAUGCUAGCAUGCGUCAAGUACCAAAAUACAAAUUGGCUAAGAAGAAAAAAAAGCUGGCAAAAUAACGUUAGCAUGCUAACAGAUAUCUUUGGUCAAGUAACAAAAUAUUUGACGCUGAGGUGUUUUCCUGCUAAAUUACCUAAAAAAGAAAGAAAGAAAGCUAGCAUAGUAACAUUAGCAUGCUAACAGGUAUCAUUCGUCCAAUACGAAGUAUUGGACACUGAGGUGUAUACCUGUAAAAUUUGCUAAGUGAAGAAGAAGAAAAAAAGCUAGCGUACUAACGUUAGCAUGUUAACAGGUAUCAUUUGUCAACUAACAAAAUAUUUGACGCUGAAGGGUAUACCUGCAAAGUUAGCUAAAAAAAAACCUAGCAUAUUAACAUUAGCAUGCUAACAGGUAUAAUUUGUCAAGUAACAAAAUAUUUGGGGCGGAAGUGUAUACCUGCAAAGUUAGCUAAAAAAAAAAAGCUAUCAAACUAACAUUAGCAUGCUAACAUGUAUCUUUAGUCAAGUAACAAAAUAUUUGACGCUGAGGUGUAUACCUGCGAAAUUAGCUAAAUGCUGGGAAAAGCUAGUAUACCAACAUUAGCAUGCUAACCGGUAUCAUUUGUCAAGUAACAAAAUAUUUGGCGCGGAAGUAUAUACCUGCAAAGUUAGCUAAAAAAAAGUAUCUUUCGUCAAGUAACAAAAUAUUUGACGCUGAGGGGUAUACCUGCAAAAUUAGCUAAAUGCGUAGAAAAGCUAGCAUACUAACGUUAGCAUGCUAACAUGUAUUCGUCAUGUAACAAAAUAUUGGACGCUGAGGUGCAGAUCAGCAAAAUUAGCUGAAUGGAAAAAAAAGUUAGUCUACUAAUGUUAGCAUGCUAACAGGUAUCUUUCAUCAAGUAACAAAAUAGUGGAAGCUUAGGUGUAUACCUGCAAAAUUAGCUAAAAAAAAAAAAAGCUAGCACACUAAUGUUAGCAUUUUAACAGCUAUCAUUUGUCAAGUAACACAAUAUUUGACGCUGAGGCAUAUACCUGCAAAAUUAGCUAAAUGCAGGGAAAAGCUAGCAUACUAACGUUAGCAUGCUAACAGGUAUUCGUAAUGUAACAAAAUAUUGGAUGCAUACUUGCAAAUUUAGCUCAAUGAAAAAAGGUAGCACAUUAAUGUUAGCAUGUUAACAGGAAUUUUUUUGUCAAGUUUCAAAAUAUUUGACGCUGAAGUGUAUACCUGCAAAUUUAGCUAAAAAAACCAAAACAAAACCUAGCAAAGUAACGUUAGCAUGCUAACAGGUAUCAUUUGUCAAGUAACAAAAUAUUGGACGCUGAGGUGUAUGUAUACCUGUAAAAUUAGCUGAAAGGAAAAAAACCUGGCGUACUAACAUUAGCAUGCUAACAGGUAUCAUUCGUCAAAUAACAAAAUAUUGGACUCUGAGGUGUAUGUCUGCAAAAAUUAGCUGAAUGAAAAAAGUUAGCGUACUAAUGUUGGCAUGCUAACAGGUAUCUUUCGUCAAGUAACAAAAUAUUGGAUGCUAAGGCGUAUACCUGCAAAAUUUGCACAAAAAAAUGCUAAUAUAAUGAUAACGAUUGGGCCAUAUUGGGGCGGUAUAGCUCGGUUGGUAGAGUGGCCAUGCCAGCAACUUGAGGGUUCCAGGUUCGAUCCCAGUUUCCGCCAUCCUAGUCACUGCCGUUGUGUCCUUGGGCAAGACACUUUACCCACCUGCUCCCAGUGCCACCCACACUGGUUUAAAUGUAACUUAGAUAUUGGGCUUCACUAUGUAAAAGCACUUUGAGUCACUAGAGAAAAGCGCUAUAUAAAUAUAAUUCACUUCACUUCACAUAGUUUGGACACUCCUGCUUUAAUAUGUGUAGAUAUUCCGUACGUGGAUUAUUGCACACAUUGUAAGCAGCGUGACACAUUUGCUGAAUACGUUACAAACGUUUACGCUUCAUAAACACGUCAAAGUGAGGAAGGGACCCGGAGAUGGCGUUCAAGUGCAGGUCGUUGGCGAAGGCUUUUCUCAACAUCACUUUGUGAGUCAGAAGCAAAAGAGCAAUACAAAUGUGAAUGUUUUCAUUGUUUAUUUGCUGCAAAUAUGACAAAAGUAAUAAAUCAACGGAAGGCACAGUUUGUUUCUUCUUGACAGUUUGGUAGGAUCUUUUGCAGCGUUCCAAAACACCCUCUAAUAAAUGAACACAUUGAAAACUCCAUUGUCAUUCCACUAUUUACAACAUUUUGACAAAGAGAAUUAACCUUUUUUGUCAAAAUACUAAAAAAAAGAGUAAA